UCUCGAUUGCCGUACCGGCAACAGGUGCAAACUGAUAACAAACUGAAUUAUGUACAAUUUACGUUUGUUGCGUCAAUUGCGCUAUAGUCUAGUCCUACAGAACUCUGGAACAGCAUUAACCCAUUUACCGCCAUGUCGCCUCUUAGCCGGCCAACACAAGCGGAGGCCGCAGCUCGGCGCGAUACCAUCGGAUCAGCUGGACCGCCUGAAGAGCGAAUAUUUCGAACGGCAAUGCGCGCUGAGCAAUGAGGACUGGCAGCACGUGCGGAGCACACUAACUGAGAGCUACAGGCACGUGAAUGGCACCAACGUCGAUGCCAUCAUACUGGGCCUCUGCAGCAGAGCCGAGCAGCUGCCGGUGGCCAAGAGCUACGUCAAGCAUUUGCAGACGCAGGGCAUCAAGCCCAAUGCGGCGACAAUGGGGCGACUGCUGCGAGUCUACAAUGCCGCCUACCACACACGCGAGCUCAGCGAGGCGGAGCAGUCGGAAAUUGUGGAAAUCUGUGAUACGCUGCAAAGCGCCCACGAUGUCUUGGAUGCCAGCAGCUGUGAAAACUUAAUCCUUGGCCUAGUGGCCACCACACAGCACUGGAAUCGCGCUCUGCCCCUGCUGGACAUGAUGCGCCUGACCAGUACGCCAAGUGUGUCCGCCUACAGUGCACUGAUAGCCAAGGCCUUUAGCGCGGAUCAGCUAGAGCUGGGCUGGCGUCUGCUCGAGGAAAUGAUCGAAGCGCGCAAAUUGCCCAAAUGUGAGGUCUUUCUGUCGCUAUUGGCGCAGAGUGCCAAGGAUGAGCGCACACUGGGUGCCCAGCUGGAGCGGCUAUUCUGCUUCCUCGAGCUGCACGACAUCUUGAUCAGCGAGCUGGUGGUGCAGCAGCUCUUGGCACUGGCCCAGCGGUUGCCGCAGCGGCUGCAGGUGACCACAACGCGGCUGGAACUGUUUGGCAAGUGCUCAACCUGCCAGCAGAAUCUGCAGCAUGUGGCCAUUAGCGAUGCCCAGUUCGCGGAGCUCCGUGAAUCGUUUCUACAGAAGGUGCUGAUCCGCAACGAUGUGUUCCAGAAGACGACGCCGCAGGAGCUGCAGCGCUUCAAGCAGUAUGUGGAGAAGACGGCGCCCUAUGACUGUGUCAUCGAUGGCCUCAACGUCGCCUACUCCACCGGCACCAAGAAGCCGCCCGCACAACUGGCCAAGCUGCUGGCCACCGUAGUGCGCUACUUCAAGGAGCGGCGAAAGCGCGUCCUGGUGCUGGGUCGGCAGCACAUGCGCAACUGGUCCAAGCCCGCCAUGCAGUAUAUACAGAGCAAUGCGAGCGUCUUCCUCACCAACAAUCUCACCCACGAUGAUCCAUUCCUGUUGUACGCCACACUGCGCAGCGGCCAGGACACGGAUUUCUUCUCGCGCGACUUGAUGCGCGCCCACGCCCAUCUGCUGGGCACCGAGCUGAAGGCCAUCUUCCGGCGCUGGCAGCAGGAACACCAAUACUCGCUGGUCACCCAGACACAGACGGGCCAGAUUAUUGUCAAGGAGCCCAUUCGCUACCGGCUGAGCGCCCACAAGGUGGGCAACGUCUGGCAUGUGCCGUACUGCGAAGCAUACACCGCCAAUCCCCCAGAGAGCUUCGAGGUGCCAGAUAAGUGGCUGUGCAUCACCAUUGCCCCAUGAUGCUGGUGCUCGUUAC